AUGUUACGAAAUCGUGGUUAUAAAAUGAUAGAAAUAAUUAUAAGAAAAAAGCAGGAACAAGAUUUGAUAUCCGAUCCUGAUAAUAAUGACUCUGCUGUUUCUACUAGUAGUAAUAGAACUACAGAAUUUGAUUAUAGUGGUCCAGGCUUUGAAGAGGUAGAACUAGAAAAGUUACAGCCAACAAAAAUAAGUUCUGAUGUAUUAAUAUCUAGCCCUGAUAAUAACUUAUUUAUAAAGAAAACUAUUCCUGUCUUAGAGGUAGUAAAAGACUUUUUUACCAGUAAGAAAGAAAGUGAAGAACUGAAUUAUGUGAGCUAUCCAGUCGAGAUGGAACAGGUACAAAAAGAUGCCAUGGUCAAUACCACACUUUAUGGUAUAAAACGUAGUAAAGAAAAUCAACUAGAAGAACCGUUUUCUGAUGUACCAAUAUCCACCUCAGAUGAUAAUAGUGUUGCGGAGAAAACCUUUGCAGUUAUGGAGGCCGUAAAGUUGUCUACUAAUCGUAGUGAAAUCUGCAUUAACAGUGGUGAAAAAGAAUUUGACCAUGUGGAAGAAGAAAAUGAACCUAAAUCUUGGUCAGAUGAUUCAAUAGAUGAUCCCUCCUAUGAUCCUCCUGUUCGCCACCAUGUUGUAGCUGAUGAUUCGCCUCAUGAAUCUGAGGUAGAACUUAAUAUGACGAAGUCUAAUAAUGGAAGACCUCGAAAGGGGAGAAAAAGAAAAUUCCUAGAUCAGUCUAGAGCGGAAGCACUGAAGAAAUUUCAUGGCCGAGCAGCUUUAGUAGACCAACGAGGUAUUAAGCAAGAUGGUAAAAAUAAAACAUCUGAAGAGAAAGUGGAAGAAGUUAUUAAUCAAAUUAAUAAAAUACCUACCUAUAUUUCCCAUUAUUCGCGAAAGAAAACAGACGCAAAAUUUUUGCCACCCGAUGUAACACUUAGUAAAAUGUAUGAAAUGUAUUCUCAAGAAAUUGAAAAUUCUGUUAGCAUCACAACAUACAAAAAAAUUUUUUAUUCAAACUUUAAUUUGCGAACUAAAACUCUGAAGAAGGAUACAUGCAACAUAUGCGACAGUCUAAAAAUGCAAAUUGAUAACGAAAAGAUAGACGAAAAGAAACAGGAAUUAACAGAAAAGCACAGAAAGCAUAUUGAAGAGGCGGAAAAUGCACAACGCUUAAGAAGAGAGGAUUUUAAAAUUGCAAAAGAACAGAACGAAUAUGAGAGGCAACUUUGGGUAUACAAUGCAGGAGUGCAUAGUGGAUCGGAAAAUCGUGGCUACUGUUAUGUUUGGGCUGAAGGAACAGCUGGAAGAGGAGCUCAAGAAGUAGGAUCGUGUUUGGUGAAGCACAUAAACGAAAAUGUAUCAGGCGAAGUUAAACAUUUGAUAUUAUGGAGCGAUUCUUACGGUGGACAAAAUCGCAACAUCAAAUUAACAUUAAUAUUAAAAUACAUUUUACAUUCCUCUGAACACCUUACAGACAUCACCUUAAAGUUUUUAUAUUCUGGUCACAGCUUUUUACCAAACGAUUCAGAUUUCAGUGACAUUGAAUCAGCCCUGAAACACCAACAACGAAUGUAUUUACCUUCUGACUACAUAAACGUGAUGAAAAACUGUAGAAAGAAACAACCAUUUGUAGUCACUGAAAUGUUAUCAAAAGACUUUUUUGGUAUUUCCAAUGUAGAAAAAAAUAUUUCGAACAGGAAAAUAUCAGUCAAUGGUGAAAAAAUUAACUGGCUGACUAUUAGGUCUAUAAAAAUAACUAAAGAUGAACCUUUCCUACUAUAUAUUCAACAAAACUCUUUUGAUGACCCUAUUCAAGAAGUCAACAUAAAAAAAUUAACGAGAGGUCGACCAACUCAAAAUUAUUCUCAAGAAAAUGUAUUUUUAAAUUUGGUAGAGCUGUGGCCACAAGGAAAGGCCAUAGCAGAGCCUAACCUUGCCAAUUUACGAGAGAUGUAUCAUCUCAUUCCAUACGAUUGCUUAAGCUUUUACCAAAAACUUAAUGGAAAUGCCAAUAUUGAAGAAGAUGCCGAGGGAUACAACAUAGAAAAUCUAGACUUCCGCAUUGAAGAAGAUUAA